AAACCUACUCUUUGCUUAUUGGCUUUAUUGGCUGUUUUUCUCCCAUACUCUUCUUCACUUUCUUGCUCUGCCCCCAUUUGCUGAAUCAACUUUUCUUGAAGCUUAUCAAUUUUUGUUGAUUAAUCCUACUGGAUGGGUCAAGUUCAAGCGAUUUCCUCAUGUUCUUAUGUCAAUGUUCUCUUGAGGGGCUCUAUAAAAAGUUCACCUAGGAUUCAGGAUAAGUUUUGGUGUUCUAAAAAGUUGGAUUCUUUGCAAGAGCUUGGUGUAAAAGCUAGUGAAUUUAAUGGUGUUGCAAUUGCUCAUAGCCGUUCUAGCUUUGCUUCUCCUUGUGCCACUCAUGCUAUCCAGGCAGUCUUGGGCAAUGACAAAGCAACAACAAGCUCCGCUGUUGUUUUGGAAAAACCUCUUCGCAAAAAAUUGAACAAAGUGGUUCUCGCUUAUAGUGGUGGCUUGGACACUUCAGUUAUUGUACCUUGGCUAAGGGAGAACUAUGGUUGUGAAGUUGUCUGUUUCACUGCAGAUGUUGGUCAAGGGAUUAAGGAAUUGGAAGGCUUGGAAGCAAAGGCCAAGGCUAGUGGGGCUUGUCAAUUAGUGGUGAAGGAUUUGCAAGAAGAAUUUGUGAAAGACUACAUAUUUCCCUGUCUGCGAGCUGGUGCUAUCUAUGAAAGGAAAUACUUGCUUGGGACAUCAAUGGCCCGCCCGGUUAUUGCUAAGGCAAUGGUUGAUGUUGCCAGAGAGGUCGGAGCUGAUGCUGUUUCUCAUGGAUGCACAGGGAAGGGAAAUGAUCAGGUCCGUUUUGAGCUGACAUUCUUUGCUCUGAAUCCUGAACUCAGUGUUGUUGCCCCUUGGAGGGAAUGGGAAAUUACAGGAAGAGAGGAUGCUAUUGAAUAUGCUAAGAAGCACAACGUACCAGUUCCUGUGACAAAGAAAUCUAUCUAUAGUAGAGACAGAAACUUGUGGCACCUUAGUCACGAGGGAGAUAUUCUGGAGGACCCUGCAAAUGAGCCAAUGAAGGAUAUGUAUAUGAUGUCAGUUGAUCCCCAAGAUGCACCUGAUCAACCUGAGUAUGUGAACAUUGGGAUAGUCGCUGGUAUUCCUGUUUCAUUAAAUGGAAAGGACCUCUCCCCCGCAACUCUUCUUUCUGAGCUAAAUGAAAUUGGCGGAAGACAUGGAAUUGGACGAAUAGACAUGGUUGAAAAUAGGCUUGUUGGAAUGAAGAGCCGUGGAGUAUAUGAAACCCCUGGGGGAACUAUCCUUUUCACAGCUGUGCAAGAACUCGAGUCUCUUACACUUGAUCGUGAAACAAUCCAAGUCAAGGAUUCUCUUGCCCUCAAGUAUGCCGAGUUAGUUUAUGCUGGCAGGUGGUUUGAUCCACUUCGCGAGUCAAUGGAUGCUUUCAUGGAAAAUAUUACCAAGACUACAACAGGUUCCGUUACUCUCAAACUCUACAAAGGAUCAGUCUCAGUGACAGGUCGUCGAAGUCCUCAUAGUUUGUACAGACAAGAUAUCUCAUCAUUUGAGAGUGGGGAUAUCUACAAUCAGGCCGAUGCUGCAGGGUUCAUACGUCUGUAUGGGCUUCCAAUGAGGGUUAGGGCAAUGCUUGAGAAGGGUCUUUAAAACUUUUGUUCGUGUCAUGAAUUGAUGGUGUAGUGUUGACAGACAGUUCCAUCAAAGGGUCAGUAGAAUCUUGGUUUUUCCAUUUUGUAGCACUGUAGUUUUUGUAUUGCUCUGGAGGCUAGAUUGUCGUUCAGAUUGUCUUGCAGAAAUUUCCUCUCGUUCGAAAUAUUUGAAAGUUCAUCAAGAAAAA